AUGCAGGAAAUACAUCUGCUCUGCACCCUCCUUCUCUGUUUCAUUUUGCUUUGCGCUGCAGAGGAAGGUCUAGAAUUCCCCAACUUUGACGGCAAGGACCGAGUGUUGGAUAUCACAGAGCGCAGCUACAAGAAGGCUCUGAGGAGAUUUGACCUUCUGUGUCUGUUCUACCAUGAGCCUGUUCCUGCCAACAAGGGCCUGCAGAAGCGCUUCCAGAUGACAGAACUGGUCUUGGAGCUGACUGCUCAGGUGCUGGAAAACAAAGAAAUUGGUUUUGGGAUGGUGGAUGCUCACAAGGAUGCCAAAGUAGCCAAGAAGUUGGGCCUAGAAGAAGUGGGCAGUCUGUAUGUGUUCAAGGACGAUCGCGUCAUUGAGUUCGAUGGAGAACUCUCAGCAGACACUCUUGUGGAGUUCCUCUUGGACGUGCUGGAGGACCCAGUGGAAAUAAUAAGCAACGCAAUGGAGCUCCGAGCCUUUGAAAGGAUAGAGGAAGACAUUCGUCUCAUUGGUUACUUCAAAGGAGAGGAUUUAUACUACAAAGCAUUCCAGGAAGCAUCCGAACGUUUUCAACCUUACAUCAAGUUCUUCGCCACGUUUGACAAAUCUGUGGCUAAACAUCUCUCCCUUAAGAUGAACGAGGUGAAUUUCUAUGAGCCAUUCAUGGAAGAGCCCGUCGUCCUGCCUGGCAGACCUCUCCUCGAGAUGGACAUUGUGGACUUUGUCAAUCAACACAGGAGGGCCACUUUGAGGAAGCUCCGGGCGGAGAACAUGUUUGAGACAUGGGAGGACGACAUGGACGGAAUCCAUAUUGUUGCAUUUGCCGAAGAGGAGGAUCCAGAUGGCUACGAGUUUCUAGAGAUUUUAAAAGAUGUGGCUAGAGACAACACCAACAACCCAGAUCUUAGCAUUGUCUGGAUUGACCCCGAUGACUUCCCUCUGCUCACCACUUACUGGGAAAAGACCUUCAAUUUGGAUUUGUUCAGGCCUCAGAUUGGUGUGGUCAACGUCACAGAUGCAGACAGCGUGUGGCUCGACAUGUCCAAUGACGAGGACCUGCCCACAGCCGAGGAAUUGGAGGACUGGAUCGAGGAUGUCCUGUCCGGCAGAGUUAACACGGAAGAUGACGACAACUUUGAAGACCUCCCUGAGGACUUUGAUGGAGACUCAAUGGAAGAUGGCGAUGAAAGCCCUGACCAAUACGAUGAUGAGCUUGAUGACUGA